AUGUGGAAUUUCAAACUCACACUGUUCCUUGCUUGCUGUGUAGCUUCAUCCAUUGCUGCGGACGAUUCUACAUCGACAGCAGCACCUACGACAUCAGCUUCUGGAGGAACUACAGUAUCUGGUGGAACAACAGUAUCUGGUGGCACAACGGCUGCUAGUGGGGCAACAACAGCAUCAACUUGUGCAGAUGAUCCGAACACCGAUUGUUCCCAAUAUACCUCUCUCUGCUCCAAUCCCAAGUAUACUCCACUUUUGCAGCAGUUCUGCCCCAAGACCUGUGGAUUCUGCGGAGGUGGAUCCACUUCUGCUCCAGUCUCGUGUGUGGACAGCUCCACAAAUUGUGCCAACUGGGACAAAAAUGGGUUCUGUAGCUCGACAUUCUACAACUGCGCCCAAAAGAAGCAAUACUGUGCGAAGACGUGUAAUCUCUGUUCGACGACAUGUUGA